AUCUGGAAGAAAGCGUCUGAACCCAAAGCAGAAUUGGUUCCUGAUGGACUGAGGAAAUUCUCCACUCAUCGUGGGUUCUUCCAAUCAGGGCCCAGCAAAGACAUGGAUAGUGUCACUACGCAAAUCAUAAUAUGUUUCCGUGAGUUGUGUGCACUUUGCUGGAUGCUCCAUGUGAGGGACCAGCUCAGCAUUUCCUGCAGAAGGUACCAGGCUGCAAGGCAACAGGAGAAAGACACUCAGGUCAGUGACGCGAGUGUGUCGGAUCUAUGCUUUGAGGCUCUGUGUUGGGCGCGCCGCCUCGUGCCGUUCUGCCAUUUCCUGAACGCAGAGGAAGCCCUGCAGGACUUGGUGCUCAGCCUGGUGUCUGAACUGCCGCCCAGUCGUGUGGUAAUAUACAUCACAGUGUUUCCCAUACAUUCAUUUACUUGUGGCAGCCCGCCACAAUAUCCACAUUGA